UAGCUUUUGUAGAUGAUAUAUGGUACUAUACUCAAUUUUUUAAUUGUACGUUAUGUCAUAGAGAGUUUCACACAGAAAUUGAAUUUCUUGAACAUUUGAAACAUAAGAACCAUGAAGAAAAAGUUGGCAUAUGUACAACCAAAGGAGAUGAAUUAGAAUUUCAAGUAUGUUUCGCAUGCGUAACAGGCUUUUUUGGAGUUCGGGAAAAAUAUUACGAACAUUGUCAAGAUAUUUAUCAUAAACGCUAUUUGACAAAGGGGGAUUUCAAUGUUCCAGAAAUGAGGUCACCUGCAGUAGAUUUAUUAGACAAAAUAGAAAAUAAAAAACGAAGAUUAAUCGAUGAAUCAAACUCGGUCGUUUUAGAAUUUAUACAAGAGAAAAAUGUAUUGAAAGAAGUUAUAAGAGUUGUUGAAUGUGUUUAUCCUAAGGCUGUAGGAUAUAUUUUUGGAUCAAGAUGUUCUCAUACAGCUCUUUCAAACAGUGAUUUAGAUAUUUUUUUAGAUUGCAAUGAUGGAUAUUACAAAAAUGUUGACUCUGUGUUGGUCCAAAGUUAUUUAUCAUCUGUGAGAAAAUGUUUUGAAAAUCACAAGGAUGAAUGGUACAUAGAAGAAGUGAUAGUUGAUACUAGAAUACCUAUCAUUAAACUGCGUCAUUAUCCUACUAGUCUUAAGUGUGAUAUUUCUUUUUCGAAUGGCCUAGCUCAUCAAAAAUCUAAGCUUGUUAGAUAUUACAAUGAUGCUUAUCCAAUGUGUAGGGAGCUUAUUUUGUAUUUUAAAAAGUGGAUAACUUUUUCCCAAUUAUCUGGUACUGAAGGUAUUUCAACGUUUACUGUAUCAUGGCUAGUCAUUUUUUACUUGCAAUUCAAAGGCGUAUUUCCAAGUGUAUACGAGUUAAUAAAAAAGCAAACUCGCACAAUACUUAUUGACGGCUGGGAAUGUGGAUAUGAAAAAAAUAUUUGUGUCAAGUCCAAUAAAUUUAGUUUUGUUGAACAUCUUAUCGGCUUGUUUAUCUUCUAUGCAAAAUUUGAUUAUCAAAAGUAUGUUAUUUGUCCUUAUCUGGGUACAGUGAUAGAAAAAGAAAAGUUUGCAGCUAGAAAACUACCUUCAAGGCUUACAGAUAAACUAAGUAACCGGAAAAAGGAGGCUGUAUCACUUUUUCGAUUUGAUUCACCAAUGUGUAUGCAAGACCCAACAGAUCUUUCUGAAAAUUCAACAAAAGCCCUUAGAAAACGUCAACUUAGAUGUUUCAGAGAAUAUUGCUCAUCAAGUGCUGAAAUAAUUAUAUCUGGAAAACAAGAUUCAUCUGUAUAACGUCUAUUAUUAAAAAUUCAAAUUAUUGUUUUGAAAUUUCAAAGACAAUGAGAAUUCAUGAUUAUCAACGAAAUAUAACUUCGCAGUGGUUGUCCCUUUCGCCGUUCAAAAUAUUUGAUAUGAUACAUACAUUGAUUUAAACUUGGAAAAAAAUAACUUUAAUGCACUAUUUUUGCAUUUAAAUAUGUAUUUAUUUAAAAAAAUGUU